GGCCAGCUGUCCCAGGCCCUCAACAUCCUGUCGGACCGAGCCACAGAAGCCAAAGAGUUCCUGGUUCAGCUGAGGAACAUGGUGCAGCACAUCCAGCCCACUGAUGGUCCAGGGAGACCCUUACUCGUGACAUCAGGGUGGGGAACGCUGAAGGAGAACGGCGUGGAGUUCGAAGCCUGUCUGGUGGCGCAGUGUGACGCCCUCAUCGACGCCCUGAACCGACGCAAGGCCCAGCUGCUGACCCGCGUCAACAAGGAGCAUGAGCACAAGCUGAAGGUGAGACGCCAUUUUGGAUCAAGCCCAGGGGACUUCCUGCCUGCGGGAUAGCAAUUAUAAAUGAAUGAAUGAAUGAAUACUAAAUA